AUGGAAUCGCAGCGGGAAAUGGGCAUGUUCGGCGACGAUCUCGGAGAGAGAUUGGAGCAUGAUUGUAGGUUCAGCAUCCAUGCAAGUGAGCGGAGUGACAUGCUUUCGAUUACAUCAGAGGUUAGCCGAAGGUUAUUUCGUCAGAAGAGCAGAUCUAGAGGUUAUUUUGCUCAUAUGGACUCAGGCGGUAUUCGUAGUUGGACACGAAGCGUUGAUGGGGAAUCUGGAGCCGAAAAGCAUACUCGCGUAACAAAGGCCCUGUCGUGCCAAGAAACCGUUGGAAAACCUACCGGUACUAGCGGAAUCUACAGGCUGCGAACACAGCCAGGUGGCAUCAUCUUCCGCAUCUCACACUACCGCGGCGGAAAAAAGGUGGUGGACGAUGGGCUAAAGCUUCCGUUCCGCGCUUGGAUUGACGAUAAGCGCGCAGGGCGGGCCGGCAGCGGAAGGCUCGCUAACGCGCCAUGGGCCAAUCCACCACCACCCUGGACACAUGUGCGCUUUUCGUCCGCCAAAAGGGACGGGUUUCGAGAAAGUUUGCUGGUGGGAAGUGGUUGCUGUGGAGGACAACGAGUGGCCGACAUUACGCUGGUAGCGGAGGAUGAUCUACUUUGUCGAGCUGGACCAUGCUUGGACACGCCCGUCCUCUGUUCGCAUCAAUCACCACGCAAAGAGCCGCACGAGGCAUCGGUGACAUCACAGACGGUACAGCUGCGGUCAGCUUGCAAAAGACAGCCACUAUGGUACAUCCGUCGUGUCGGACAGAUUUACCUGGAUGCCUCUAACAGAACCCUCAAUCUGUGGCCGGAACAGGCACGUUCUACCAUACACAGCAUUCGCCGUAUCCGCCGUAUCCGAGAGGCAGGAUUGCCUACCACAGUACUCAUGGUAACACCACUGCAACAGAUGGCUAGAGCAUGCAAGAUUAUGUCAUGGCGAGGAUAUGCAACAGUUCCCGUACCCGAGGACUCGACGCUUGCCGAAUUGGGUGUGCACGAUACCGGCCAGGGAUCCCAUCCGUCUCCGGUUCACCAGCCGAGACGUGUGUCAGCCGGACAAUGGACCAAUGUCACUGCUAAGGCGGACGUUGAAUCCUCGACUUUAUCUGCUGGUCCCCUCCUGCCCUGGCGGUGUCAAUUCAUCAACCAAGUUCGCUCUGUUGUUAGCUGCCCUUCUAUUGUCCUUUUAAUACUCCUUCUCUAUCCCCUUCUUUCACCUAGGCCAACAGAGCAAACACCGAGGCGAGAACCGCCCAUCAUGAAUCCCUCUGGGACAUACGGCGCCAACUACGAUCAGGAAGGCCGUUCGUUUGAGCGACACGUUCGAGAUAACCACCCCGAAUCAGAAUCAGAUGCAUCAACAAUAGCAGCAAAAGCCGAUGGCUCCACGAGGAGCAAUGAAGGCCCGCAACCCAAGGACUCAUCAUACAUGGCCGACCAGACCGCCGAUGAGGAACUCGAGACAGCCAGGAGAGAAGAGGAGGUCCACCAACUCGCAAGAGCCCUGACUACCCAGAGUCAAGCUGUGGCAGCUCAACAAAACCCCUUCAAUGCCGCGCCCAACUCCGCCCUGGAUCCCUUCGGGGAGAACUUCAAUGCUCGCGCUUGGACCAAGGCUAUGCUCAACUUGCAACAGCAAGAUGAGGGAGCACCUCCUAUCCGCACCGCUGGUAUUGCAUUCCGUGACCUGAACGUCCAUGGUUUUGGGGCAGACACCGAUUAUCAAAAGAGUGUCGGUAACAUCUGGCUUGAAGGACCCGGACUGGUCCGCCAGAUGAUGGGCGACAAAGGUCGCAAGAUCAAUAUCUUGCAACACCUUGAUGGCUUGGUGGAAGCUGGUGAGAUGUUGGUCGUACUUGGACCCCCAGGGUCCGGUUGUUCGACCUUCCUCAAGACUAUUACCGGAGAGACCCACGGUUUUACUGUCGACUCAGCGUCUCACCUCAAUUACCAGGGUGUCGAUGCCGAGCUGAUGAACAAGAACUACCGUGGUGAAGCCAUUUACACCGCAGAAGUCGACGUGCAUUUUCCAACAAUAACUGUCGGUGACACACUAAGCUUCGCCGCCCAGGCUCGACGUCCUCGCAACAUUCCCGGUGGCGUCAGUGUCAAGCAAUAUGCUCAACAUCAGCGCGAUGUCAUCAUGGCUCUUUACGGUAUCUCCCAUACUAUCAACACAAAGGUCGGAAAUGAUUUCAUUCGCGGAGUGUCUGGAGGUGAGCGAAAGCGAGUAACCAUUGCCGAGGCUUCCCUCAGUCGCGCGCCUCUCCAGGCUUGGGACAACUCCACUCGUGGUCUGGACUCUGCCAACGCCGUCGAAUUCGUCAAGACUCUUCGCAUGGAGACGGAGAUCAUGGGAACUACCGCUUGUGUCGCCAUCUACCAGGCACCCCAGGCUGCCUAUGAUUUGUUUGACAAAGCUCUCGUCCUCUACGAAGGCCGUCAGAUAUAUUUCGGAAAGACCACGGAAGCUAAACAAUACUUCGUCAACAUGGGUUUCGUGUGCCCCGACCGUCAGACCGACGCAGAUUUCUUGACUUCUAUGACGAGUGCGUUGGAGCGCGUGGUACGGCCUGGUUGGGAGAACAGAGUCCCUCGCACUCCUGACGAGUUCGCUGAGAGGUGGUUGAACUCGCCCGAACGCGCGGCAUUGUUGCAGCAGAUUGAGGCUUAUGACCAGCGAUACCCCAUUGGUGGCGAAGCUGCUCAAGCAUUCAAAGAGUCUCGAGACAUGCAGAAGGCCAAGAGUCUCAGUGAAAAGUCGCCCUUCACCCUUUCGUACAUUCAGCUAGUUAAUCUUUGUCUAUGGCGAGGCUUCGUACGCCUGAAGGCCACUCCCGGCAUCACUCUCACGCAACUUUCGGCCAAUUCCGUCGCAGCUCUCGUCGUCUCGUCUGUCUUCUACAACCUCGGACCAACGACUGGCAGUUUCUAUUCACGCUCUGCUCUGCUCUUCUACGCCAUCCUUCUGUCCGCCUUCAGUUCCGCCCUCGAGAUCUUGAGUCUUUACGCCCAACGUCCGAUUGUUGAAAAGCACGCCCGUUACGCACUCUACCAUCCCUCUGCCGAAGCCUGGGCUAGUAUGAUUACCGAUGUACCUUACAAAGUUGUCAACGCGAUCACGUUUAACCUCAUUUUAUACUUUAUGUCGAACCUCAGGCGCGAGCCCGGCAACUUCUUCUUCUUCAUCCUCGUCUCUCUCACAUUGACAUUAACCAUGUCCAUGUUGUUCCGAUCGAUUGCCUCUAUGACCCGGACCCUAGAACAGGCGCUUGCACCCGCUGCUAUCUUGAUCCUCGGUCUCGUCAUGUAUACAGGUUUCACGGUUCCUCCUACGUACAUGUUGGGCUGGUCAAAAUGGAUGCGUCGUGUCAACCCCGUCGCGUAUGGAUUCGAAGCCCUCAUGGUCAACGAGUUCCACGACAGGCAGUUCGAAUGUGACCAGUACGUACCCUCCGGUUUAGGCUACGAGAACGCUUCCGGUCUCCUUCACGCCUGUUCGGCUGUCGGCUCUGUCACCGGGCAGCCCUUCGUUUCUGGAACCGACUACAUCAGAUCAUCUUUUGACUACAAGGCUUCGAACAAGUGGCGCAACUACGGUAUCAUGUGGGCCUUUUUGAUCAUUUUCAUGGCGAUACAUUUGGCCGCUACCGAAUUCAUCUCAGCCAAGAAGUCCAAGGGUGAAGUUUUGCUCUUUCGUCGUGGUCACCAAUUCGCUGCCGCUAAGAACUCCUCUACCGAUGACGUGGAAUCCUCUCCCGCUGGCCGCAGCGUUACUGUCCAGCAGGACAACUCGGACAACAUUGCUAGCAUUAUCGAACGUCAAACCGCAGUCUUCCAGUGGAGGAACGUCUGCUACGAUAUCAAGAUCAAGAAUGAGGAUCGCCGCAUUCUUGACCAUGUCGAUGGUUGGGUCAAGCCUGGAACUCUGACUGCGCUCAUGGGUGUAUCCGGUGCUGGUAAGACUACACUAUUGGAUGUGCUGGCUACGCGUACAACAAUGGGUGUUAUCUCUGGUGAAAUGUUGGUUGAUGGCAACCCCCGCGACGAGUCUUUCCAACGCAAGACCGGUUAUGCGCAACAACAGGAUCUCCAUCUCGCCACGGCCACUGUUCGCGAAGCGCUCACCUUCUCCGCUAUUCUUCGUCAACCAGCUCACGUUUCACGUCAAGAAAAGAUCAAAUAUGUCGACGAGGUCAUCAAGCUUCUGGACAUGUCUGAGUACGCUGAUGCCGUUGUCGGUGUGCCCGGUGAAGGUCUCAACGUUGAGCAGCGCAAGCGUCUCACAAUUGGUGUAGAACUGGCUGCUAAGCCCGCUCUCUUGUUGUUCCUGGAUGAACCUACCUCUGGUCUCGACUCUCAAACAUCCUGGGCUAUUCUCGAUCUCCUCGACAAGUUGAAGAAGAACGGACAGGCAAUUCUUUGCACCAUCCAUCAGCCCAGUGCCAUGUUGUUCCAGCGCUUCGAUCGUCUCCUGUUCCUUGCGCGUGGUGGACGCACAGUCUACUACGGCGAUGUCGGUCAAAAUUCACGGAUUCUUGUCGACUACUUCGUUCGCAACGGUGCUCAUCCCUGCCCUCCUGAAGCUAACCCAGCCGAAUGGAUGUUGGAGGUCAUUGGCGCGGCUCCUGGAUCCCACUCUGACAUCGACUGGCCCAAGACAUGGCGUAGUUCCCCAGAGUACGCCGAGGUUCAGCGUCAUCUCGAUGAGCUGCAAUACGAGCGCUCUCGUGCUAAUCAGCUUGAGCGUACUGCGUCUGCGCAGCGACGAGAGGACAAAGCGGCUUAUCGCGAGUUCGCUGCGCCCUUCAUGACUCAGCUCCGUGAGACUACCCUCCGUGUCUUUCAACAAUACUGGCGCACACCAUCGUACAUCUACUCGAAGACGAUGCUCUGUGUCCUGUCGGCCUUGUUCAUCGGUUUCUCGCUCUACAUGAUGCCAAACACCCAGACCGGUCUCCAAAACCAAAUGUUCGGUAUCUUCAUGUUGCUGACCAUCUUCGGUCAAUUGAACCAGCAAAUCAUGCCUCACUUUGUCACGCAGCGAUCCCUCUACGAAGUACGUGAACGCCCAAGCAAGACAUACUCGUGGAAGGGCUUUAUGCUUUCCAACAUCAUUGUCGAACUUCCCUGGAACUCACUCAUGGGUGUACUCAUGUUCUUCUGCUGGUACUACCCCAUUGGUCUCUACCGCAACGCCGAGCCUACCGACGAGGUCAAUCUCCGUGGUUUCAUGGCCUUCCUCUUCGUCUGGAUGUUCAUGAUGUUCACCUCGACCUUUACCCACAUGGUCAUUGCCGGUGUCGAAACCUCGGAGACGGGUGGUAACAUUGCCAACUUGAUGUUCGCCAUGUGUCUCAUCUUCUGUGGUGUCCUCGCCCAGCCUGGACAAUUCCCCGGCUUCUGGAUCUUCAUGUACCGCGUCUCACCCUUUACUUACCUCGUGUCUGGCAUGUUGUCCGUCGGUCUAGCCAACAACGUCGUCGUAUGUGCGGACAAUGAAUACGUCCGCUUUGAGCCUCCGACGAACCAGACGUGCGGACAAUACAUAGCCGACUAUAUAGACCGCAAGGGUGGCUACAUCAACAACCCCAUGUCCUCGGCCGGCUGCGAAUACUGCGCCAUUGGCGACACUAAUCAGUUCCUCGAAAACAUCACGUCAAAGUACAGUGAGGCAUGGCGCAACUUUGGUAUCCUCUGGGGCUACGUCAUCUUCAACAUCUUCAUGGCACUCUUUCUCUACUGGCUCAUCCGCGUACCAAAGGGCGACUUCAAAAAGGCAAAGAAGACCGACUCCAAGUCCGCAGUCGUCGCCCCACAACCCGAACCCUCCCGUCCUUCCCCCGACGACGCCCAGACCGGAGACAAGGAGAUUGAGCCCGCGAGACAAUACCGCUCCAUCACUGGUGGACAAACUCCACCCCGUCAAGAGAGUUCAGAGAAGGUGUGA